AUAGAAAACUAUAAAAGACGAGUCCGUCCAUCAUCCCGAACAAUAGCUCCACAGCCCAGCCAUGGUGACUUUCGCUCCGCUCGCUUUCCUGCUCCUGCAGCUGUCUUACGUCUUCGCAGGCUCUCAAGGUCGCUACAACCACGUGAGUCUACGCUCCAACCUGGUGGAAAGGAACAAGAGAAUGCACGCCGUGGAUUGCUCGUUUAACAUCUGCGAACACGUUCCGAAUUACCCGGAGGCGGAGGUGUCGAAGUUGAUCAAGAGACACUCGGCGCUGCACUCGUACUUCGGAGGGAAGAUCAUCCAGCCGUCGAAGGUGAUGUCGCUAGGGACUAGGGACAACGACGAAGGGCCGACGCCCUUCUGCGAAACCAAAGACGUGUCGGUCGUGCCCAGGCAGAUGUUGGACAUUGAUGGGGCGACGAGGUUCAUCGCCAACGUCGAAGGGUUCUCCCAGGUGGUGUCGUACCAGGUCUGCCGAAACGACAAUGGUGAACAGUGCUACCUGGGGAAUACUCUUGGAUUUAAGACGAGCUGCUUGCAAAAAUUCAACGAUAUUAAGCUGGUGACGGUGAAGAAUCCGGACCAUGAGGACAAUGAGUUGGAGUUCCGGACUUUUAGCGUUCCGAGUACCUGUGUCUGCACUUACACCAAGACUGAAAGCUUCAAGUAGUGUUUAAAUACUUAAUAAUUAUUUAUGUUUUGUUACCGCUUUGUAAAUAAAUAAAAUUGAAAAAAAAAUA